UGUGACGGGCGGUUCAUGUUUUGUCCCAAACUUUACUUGUUGAUUUUAUUACUUAAAUCUUAUGACUAAUAAGUGAAAAUUGGCCAAACAAGUAUCCAGUGAACUAUGCGACAGUUUUGUGAGUGAAUUCUACAUUGUUUCCCCUUCGCCGCCGAAAUCCGAGCUGCGAUCGUAAAGGUGGGCUUCAUUGCAAUACGAUCGCAAGAUAGAAAAGGCGGCGAGGCAGGCUGGCAGGGAUGGAGGACGAGGUGACGUUCCUGUUCCAACUGGGCGUGCUGCGCGACGCGGUGGCGGCGCCCGCCAGCCGCCUCACGCUCGCGCACCUCAAGGAGCUGGCCGUCAAGUUCGUGCACGAGAAGAUCCCGGACAACGGCCUGAAUCGCCUGUCAGACCGCAUUCUGCUGUUCCGCCACGACUACUGCUCGUCCAACGUGCUGCAGCUCAUCAACUCCGCCAGUGACGUCACCGACGAGACGCUCGUCGAGAUCGUGCUCACCGCCAACCCGCUGCUGUGCGACGGCGAGGCGCCGGCUCCGCGGCCGCACGCGCUGGCCGUGCACUCGUACAAGGCGCCGACGUUCUGCGACUUCUGCGGCGAGAUGCUGUUCGGCCUCGUGCGCCAGGGGCUCAAGUGCGAAGGCUGCAACCUGAACUACCACAAGCGCUGCGCCGUGAAGGUGCCGUCCAACUGCGCGGCGGCCGCCAGCCGGCGCGCGUCGGCUCGCAGCCCGUCGCGCGCCUCGUCCGCCAGCCACGCCAGCGCGCCCGACGACUCGCUGGUAAGCGGCUCCGCCACUGUCCCGCAGGCGGGCGCGGCGGGCGCGCGGCCGGGCGCGUGGAGCGCGUCGCUGGGCAUCCCGCACACGUUCCAGCUGCACUCGUACACGCGGCCCACCGUGUGCCGCCUGUGCAAGCGCCUGCUGCGCGGCCUGUUCAAGCAGGGCCUGCAGUGCGGCGACUGCCACUACAACGCGCACCGCAAGUGCCUGCCCUUCGUGCCCAAGGACUGCGGCGGCGAGAUACGCGACCACCACGGUGAGGGGCAGGACAGCUGCAGCACCAGCAGUGAAAUAUCGGAACCGCGCACCAACCUUGACGACGACUCCGACGACGCGGAGCUGGAGCACGAGCACCGCCACCACAAUCACAAUCACAACCAUAACGAUACCCAAGAGGCACCGCUACGCUCGGCAGAAGAAGACGAGGAGCCUCAAAGAGACGUGAUGCCCGAGCGAGCCGCCAGCAGACCCAGCAGCUCGUCGUCGUCGCCCAGCGCGAACAUCCCGCUGAUGCGCAUAGUGCAGUCCGUCAAGCACACCAAGAAGCGCGACGGCCAGUGGCUCAAGGAGGGCUGGCUAGUGCACUUCACCAACAAGGACAAAACCAUCAAGCGUCACUACUGGCGACUGGACAGCAAGUCUAUCACACUUUUCACAUCGGAGCAAGGCACCAAGUAUUACAAAGAGAUUCCGCUCAAUGAGAUCUUGGCCGUGGACACGGCAAGACAGCCGCACUCAGACGUGAUGCACUGCUUCGAGCUGCGCACCGCCAACGUGGACUACCUGGUGGGCGUGGACCCCGCGUGGCAGGGCGCCGGCACGCCGCUGCCGCCGCCCGACUCCGGCGUGGGCGCCUACCUCGCGCGCUCCUGGGAGACCGCGCUGCGCCACGCGCUCAUGCCGCACACGCACUCCGCAGAGGCAAACCCAUCCAGCGCAGGCGCCGCGGGCGCGGGCGGCGCGGCGGGCGCGGGCGAGCGCGUGGCUGAGAUGGCCCAGCUGUACCAGAUCCACCCCGACGAGGUGCUGGGCUCGGGGCAGUUCGGCAUCGUGUACGGCGGCAUGCACCGCGACACCGACCGGCCGGUGGCUAUCAAGGUUAUAGACAAACUCCGGUUCCCGACCAAGCAAGAAGCACAGCUUAAGAACGAAGUGGCGAUUCUACAGAACCUAUCCCACCCCGGCGUGGUUAACCUUGAGCGGAUGUUUGAAACUCCUGAACGAAUCUUCGUUGUGAUGGAGAAGUUAAAGGGCGAUAUGCUGGAAAUGAUCUUGUCGCAUGAGAAGGGUCGGUUAACGGAAAGAAUUACCAAGUUUAUAGUUGCACAGAUCUUAGUAGCGCUUAAACAUCUACACGAAAAGAACAUAGUGCAUUGUGAUCUGAAGCCAGAAAACGUGUUGCUGUCGUCGGACGAAACGUUCCCACAAGUGAAGCUUUGUGACUUCGGUUUCGCGCGGAUCAUCGGCGAGAAAUCCUUUCGGCGUUCGGUCGUCGGAACUCCUGCGUAUUUAGCGCCCGAGGUGCUGCGCAACAAGGGCUACAACCGCUCGCUGGACAUGUGGUCGGUGGGCGUCAUCGUGUACGUGUCGCUGUCCGGCACCUUCCCGUUCAACGAGGACGAAGACAUCAACGAGCAGAUCCAGAACGCCGCUUUCAUGUACCCGCCCGCGCCGUGGCGGGAGAUCUCUUCGGAUGCGAUUGACCUCAUCAACAACCUGCUGCAAGUGAAGCAGCGCAAGCGCCUGUCGGUGGACAAGUGCCUGGCGCACGCGUGGCUGCAGACGCGCGAGGCGUGGGCCGACCUGCGCGCACUCGAGCGGCGCGUGGGCGCGCGCUACCUCACGCACCCGAGCGACGACGCGCGCCUCGCCGAGCCCGCCGCCCACUGACCAGGCCCCCUCGCGAGCGGGGAGCCGGCUCCGCCCUCCCCGCCCACCAGCUGCUUGCGUGCGCGCUGGCGCAAGCUGCUGGUGUACGUGCGCUAGCGCGUGCCCCGCGCCGCGCGGCUACGACUAUUUUUGGCUCGACUACCGCGGGGAUGCGAAGCUAGAUGACCUGCCAAUAGCUACACUCAAUAAUAAUUGACAUCUAUUGCUAAUACUGUAUAAUUAAAAAAGUAUAACUGACAUCUAUCAUUAAUACUGGAUUGACUGUUCCUCAUUGGAAGCACCAAAUCGUCGCUUAUCUUAUGAUACCGUGCAAGUUCCAAAAGCAUAGUUUUUAGUGUCUCUGAAACUGUUUUAGUGUUUUCAGUAAUUCUAAUUUUAGUCCCUUGGACACUGGUAGAUUACAGCUCCAUUUUUGACAAUUCUAAAACUAAAUUCAAAUGUAUUAAUGGCUCGUUACAGGUCAAGUUAGAUAUAAUUACAUGUCACAAUGAUAUAUUGCCUUUGCCUUUUAAAGCAUUUUGAAAAACUAAAUUUAAUUAUUAAAAAUAUCACCAUAAUUAUCAACAUAAUUUUGCUUUAAGCAUUGUAGCAAACUGGAAAGCGUUUCCAUCAGAGCCAGAAAACAGUCAUACAAUUUGAGCUGUCUUAUUGGUUGAGUUCAAAGAUAUGCAGCGUCGAACAGCGCGUUUACAGCUGUUAAAGCAUUUUCCCUCUUAUUGUUAACUAAUCAUGCUACUCGCUCGGUCAGGGAAUAUCGCGUAACAUUUGAAUGUAAAAGAGACUUGUGUCGUGAGAUAUAAAUUUAUUAUUACUUGACAGUGAGAGAGAGAGAGAGAGCAUACCAGUUAAUGUGAUGUGAGGUUAAUAUUACAAAAUAAAAUAACUGCUAUAUUAUAAGGAUAACACAUAAUAUAAAUGAAUUGUUACUUAAUAAAUAAUUAAUUACUUGAAUAACUAUGUGUAGCUGUUACAAAAUGCGUGUUAAGUGAAAUUUCUUUGGCGCUUAAGGGUCAGUUAAUGAAAAGGAUGGGUUUUUUUUCAUACGCAUCUUUCGAGCGCUUGAAAAUAAACCAAAGAAGUUUCACUUCCUUUACGUAUAUACAGUUAUUUUAAAUGAUUUUAGAUUUUACUUGAUUUAACUUUACAGCAUUCCCUCAGCUUCGGUCGCUUUACUUUGAGAUUUUAAUUUAUUUUUAAUAGGCGUAAUGUGUUUGUAAG